AUGGAUCCCAAUCCCAUCCUAUUUGUAUUUAUGAUUCUGUUUUUAACAUUUCUGACAAACGAUUCGACAGCACUUGAAUAUGAUGGGUCCAGUCUAACUCAGGAAUAUCCAUGGAAGCGAGGCCUAGUACGAUACUCCAACUUGGUGACUGGAGCGAUAAGGAAUCUAGCUAAAGAAUCAGACCCCAAAAGUAUCAGAAGAGACAGCAGGGACUACUUUAAUGAUAACUCUGAUACCGUUACUGUUGAACAAUAUACAACAGACGUGACGAACAAUGAUGAAGAAACAUCCACUCCAAAGCCACGUAAACGAUCUCGAAAAUCUAGACGUAAAAUGAAAAAGAAUAAAAAUAAAAUUAAAAAAUACAAGACACAAUUUAAAAUUACAAAAAUAAAGAAUAAGAAACGUAAUAAAGGAAGGAGGAUUAAAACAGAACUACCGGAUAUUGUUGAAGCUAUACUGAAUGAAUCACAAGAAAUGUAUUUAGAGACAUUGCCUGCAUUACCUACUAAACGUACAAAAAUUAUUAAAUCUACAAAAGAAAAGCGCAGAAAAGGUAAAAAAAGUAAAAAACAUUCCAAUCAUAUUGGUGACGGUUACGAAAGACGCCACAACAAAGGAGGAGGUUGGCAGAAACUAACAUAUCGGAAGAAGAAAGCUGGUAAAUCAAAACAUCCAAAAAAGAAACAUCAUAUAAUACUCACCACCACUCUCAAUACUGAAGAUUAUUUGGAGACUGUUAACAGCGAAGAAGUGGAAGAAACGACAAAACAUAUGCAUAAAACUAAUGACGAAAGAACAGAGAUAAUUUAUGUAACGCCAGUUCCAAACUACAAAAAAUACAAGCCAGAAUUUAGAUACAUUCGCAUAGAUAGUGAACCACUCAUUUAUGGUAACCUACACACUCGAAACUCAGAUAUGGCUCGCUCUUCUGAAUCGGAUACUUCCAAAAGCGUAUCAAAAGAAACUGAAGAACCGGAUUCAAGCCAAAAGGAAGUUACAAACUGGGCUGAAGCAUACAAACUUGGAAGUAGUCCAGAAGAAAAUCAUGAUGAAGAGGAUGUAUCAGACACAACAGAAAGUAGCGAAACAUCAUCAACAGAAACAGAUGAGUCGGAUCAUGACCACGAUUCCUUAAAGAUACGAAGAACUGCAGAUGAUCAGUGGUUCGAUCUAGAAGGUGAUAAAGUCAAAUAUCCAAACAACAUAAAAGAUAAUUACAGAGUUAAAAAAUCAAAGGCUGUAAGUGAUAAUCCACAUGAAACAAAAAUAGUUCUAUACAAAAAUUAUCACAAGAAAAAGUCCGAUCAAGAUGUUGCAGAACGAAAGGAUAAACCAGUUAGUUCAUACCACAAUAUUAUAGGACAACAGCCCAAAACGAUUACUACAAAACGUGACAUUGAAGAAGAACAGCACAAAACAGUUUCUCCAAACCAUAGGAUAGAGUUAACAAUGACGAACAAAACGAAGUCACAUUUAAGUAUACUGGAGGACAGGUUAUCACCAGUGUUAGAAUAUGGCAUAAAAAAAAAUAACACCGGUCAAGAAAAAAAACCUGCAAAAAGAUUCACCCCCUCCGACGAUAUUUUAAUGAUAACUUUUGAAGAAGAUCAAACUUCAAGAUAUGAACCAUCGGUUCAUUACAAGUCACAUUAUAGGCGUUUGCGUAAAAAACUUUUCGGAAGAAAAUCUAAAACCAGAUCAACACGAAACAUAAUGAAAUUGCCAACAUUUACAGAAGUAAUGGCAGUUCACGAUAGAGUAAUAGCAGAGCAUAGCAGUCAAUUUGAAGAUAUUCAUAAAGAGAUUAUUGAAAACAGUACGAUAAAUGAUGGCUCUGACUCCGAACCUCGGUCAACGGAGGUGGUCACAGAAAAACCUAGAUGGAGAUACGAACCAGUGAUAGAAUUCGUUCCUGUGAAGAAUUCAUUUCGUGGACAAACACAAGAUGACGAAGAGACACGGGAAAUACAAGACCCUCUAGUAGAGAAGUACGAAACACAUUUUGAUGAAAGUAAACAUUACGACAAUAGUCCAGAACAAACGCAUGUAAAGAGAUCAACACUACAUGAAACCGUAAAAGUGGUGAAAAUAUCACACGUAAAAAUUAAGAAGAAAAGGAGGAACUUUUUAACAACAAAUCAACCAGAAGAAACUACACCCGUUGAAGACUAUGGUGACACAAACACAGAAGCAGUCAAAGAAACUGAAAGAACUCCAAACAGAUACAGCAACACAUAUCAAGUUCAUGAAAAUGUCAUAGAUGUCCCUGAUAAUAGACAUAUUCCUGGACCAGUUAUACCUAACUAUGUGGGUCAGUACCCCAGGGAUGCUGUAGUGUGCCGCGGCGCCCGCGCAAGACGCACGUGUUCCGCGAAUUUGUUUUUUUAUCGAGUGUUCUGUGAUCGAGAUUGUGCCGAAAUGAUUCGACAUACAAUUAUCCUUAUUAUAUCUAUACUCUCGUUGAGUCAGGUAGACUCAGCACAACAACAAGUCCAGUUGUCCGAUUCAUAUCUUCCAGUAGUGAUGCAAGUGAUAGCCCACAUCACGGAUCAGAUGGCAUUUGAAAACAAAGAUGAAGUUUCGUCGAAGCCGACCACGAAGCCAACAACCAAGCCGACAACUAAGCCGACAACUCAGCCGACAACUAAGCCGACGACGAGGCCGACUACGCGCCGGCCAUUUUCGACGACAACGUCGAGACCAAAUGACUUAACUACUCCGUUUCACAAGCCGGGUCUAUAUGCACCUAAUUCUCCGCCAAAACCAUCAGAACGCCAGACUCAGAACCAAAAUCGCUUUGUGCUGCUGCCAGUGAAUCAGAAUUCACAGUACACAAUCCUGGAACCACAAGGGGCUAUCACUGAAGGUCCACUGUUGUCCAUACAAGAUGAAACCAUAAAGCCUCUGCUAGAAAAAGGUCCAGCAUCUUCGCCUUUGCUGCCUCCUCAUAAUUUUGUGGAAAUGUCUAGUAGAUCACAGGGUUACACGGAUGACGAACUCACUGAAGAGAAUCUCCAAUACCUUUCCGAUGACGUCAGAGAAAUGAUCAAGAUGGCACAUGACCCUCACAACAGCAAAGUUAUCGACGUAUUUGGGGAUGUGCGUCGUGGCAAUCAACCCAUCCAAUCUAAAGCCAAGCUGUCUGCUACUAACCUCAGGCUGCUGUUGCUGUAUGAUCUACUAAGUAGGGAUGCGAAGAGGCAGAGGCUGUCGGAUUACAGCGGUUUCUCUCCAGAUGUCAUGAAGAAUCUGGUGGAUUCUACAAGCACAGGUGCUCGGGGUCAACUGAAGAUGGCAUUAUCCAAGAUGGUAGAGCGACAUGACUGUGGUCACGAAUACGCGAAUAACAGAGCGAAGGAAAUGGUUAUCGAGUUAGGAAAGGAUGAAUCGGGGCUUUCUACUGAAUUGAGAUAUUUGCAGCCACUUGUGUAUACUUAUUAA